UUGCAGUGUGUGCUUGAAUUUUCGAUUCAGGGAACCAGCCCCAAAUUUCAGGUAGCAUUUCCUGGGACCAUAUGCAAUGUACUGGUGGCAAAGUUCACUCGUACCCUACCGACACUCAACAAUUCAUUUGGACGACUGACAGCCAGUCAAGCCGCUGGAGAGGCAAUUCUAUGUGCAAUGUUCGCCUUUUAUUAUGUGCCCAUGGUUUUCCUAGAUAUAGAAGCAAUGAAAGAAUUCUCGCGAUAUGUCGGCAUAGUUCUUCUGAUUUGCUAUGACAUCUGUAUUUUCUCCCACUUGAUUAUCGCCCUCAACAGGAUGUCCGCCAUUGUCUUUCCAGUGACCCACACUUGUAUGAGUGACAGAUUUCGUUUUCUUCAUCAGGAUGGUCUCAAUAAGACUAGGCGUAAGAGACCGAAUGCAUUGUGUGUUAGAGAUGUGAUUGAGGUGGGGCAGGAGCAGUUGGCUGACCUGGUUUGUGGAUUGAACCCUAAACUUAUCACACCCAUGUCCAAGCCUUCCAUUCGUCGAGGUCACCCAAAUAGUCCAAAUUUGCUUAGAAGAUCGAAAUACUUACUAAUCCUCCCGACGUGGGCUGGAGACCCAGAACACGAUGAAGCUUGA